AGCAACACGCCAACCAUGUAUGGGUUUCUUGCCAUUGCUCUGGCAGCGUCGCUGCUAUUCACACACCUCAUAAUAUAUCCGCUUGUGGUUUAUUUUCUGGAUCGCAAAGGCUUACGUCGGUACCCUGCUAUGAGUUUGCUUGCGGGAGUCACCAACAUCCCUUAUAUGAUCGAAAGCGCCCGGGGGGCACGCUCCCGGCGUUUAGCGGGGUUGCAUAGCAAGCAUCCUGUCCUACGAAUCGGUCCUAAUGCGCUUUCAUAUGGUGAUGUGAGGGCGAUCAAGGACAUGUACGGACACUCCACCAAGUGUAUCAAGGACGACUUCUACCAGUUGCUUUCCGGGAGCCAUCAUAACCUUGCCGAUGUCGUCGACAAAAAAGAACAUCAUCGAAAGCGAAAGGUUCUCUCGAGCGCGUAUGCCCUCAAAAAUUUAGAGGAGUGGGAGUUCAAAGUAGUGGACAAGAUUACCAAGUUGUGCAAUCAAUUUGAUAAACGAUGUCCUGCAGGAAAGCAGCGUUCAAGCGACACUGAGACGAAUAUCAUUGAUUGGCGGGCUUGGUCCAACUUCUUCACCAUGGAUGCGAUCGCAGAUAUUGGAUUAAACUCUAAUCUUGGAUUCCUGGGUCAGGGCAAUGACAUUACAAUCUCGGAAUCCCUCGACGGUAGUACUCGCUCUGUCAGCUAUCGGGGCUCUCUUCAUAACCAGCUGCAGGCUCAAUCACAGCUGGUAUGGGCAUACGGGUGGUAUAAAUCACUGGUCAGAUGGGGUAAGAGAUUGCCAACUCGCUAUCAAGCCCUCAUAUCUACAGGUGAAGGGUUUGAUGGGAUUGUGGUCCACCAGGUGCGCAAAAGACUGAAGCGGUAUCAUGACGGCGAGAAGCUCGAUGACUUCUUCCAAGCGUUGAUGGAAUCAAAAGAUGGAAGUCCUAACCAUCUUCCAUUUGGAGAAAUUGUGGCCGAAAUAUCUAUCAUGCUUAACGCUGGUUCCGUGUCCACUGCCGUGGCAAUAAACAACGCAAUCUAUAACUUACUUAGGAAUCCAAAAGUACUCUCGCGCCUUCGGGAGGAAAUUGAUACAGUGGCGGACGAGGGCGAGGUUGCAAUCGCAUAUGACAAGGUGAAAGACCUGCCUUACCUCCGAGCCUGCUUGGACGAAAGCUUGAGAAUUCUACCGCCGACACCGUUUAAUCUGCCCCGCAAGACACCCCCCGAGGGUUGCGAGAUUCUUGGACAGUGGGUUCCAGGAAAUACUACCGUUUCAAUGUCAUCGUACGUCGCACAUCGUGAUACGAACGUCUUCCCCGACCCGGAGGUCUUCCGUCCUGAGCGCUGGCUCGGCGAGGCAGGCAAGCAAUUGCAGCCGUACUUUAUCACCUUCAGUGCAGGUGCCCGCGGCUGCAUUGGUAGAAACAUUAGUUACCUGGAGCAAACUACCAUUGUAGCGUCCAUUAUCAAUCGUUACGACCUUGAGCUUGCCGACCCGUCGGUGGAACAAAGUAGCUAUGAGCACUUGAAUAUGAACCCUGGCCCGCUGUAUCUGAAGGUAAGGCUACGGGGGCAGGGUUAG